CGGGGUCGUAAAUCCGCCAUGUUUUCCCUCCCGUAGCAGCGUUGCGACAGAGACGGAGAACUCCGAACGACAUGAAUGUAGAAAAUAAUCAUACGGCAGAGACAGACGGGGAGCACGGCAACGAGACGAUCACCAUCCAGACCACGCUGGGAGACGAAGAUGAAGACGUGCACAAGUGCGGACGCUGUCAGACGGAGUUUUCUACGCUGGAGGCUUUCAUCCAGCACAAGCUGCAACACAGCUGCAAGCGUGUGGAGGCACGGGACGAGGCCAGCCACCAAGAGGUUGCUGCAGCCAUUGGGAGUGCUUCAGAGGUGAAAACAGCUGACGGUGCAUCCUCAGAUGAACCAGUGAAAGGCUCCAAUGAUGAAAGCAGCGGUCAGUUGGGUCGAGGUCGCAGGAAGAAAAACGCGGUGCCUAAAGUUACUGACCAGUCAGAUGGGACCGAAGGAUCCAUAUCUGACAACGCUGACAGCGAUAAGCGCGUUUACAAAGUCAACCAAGAUGGACGCUACAUUUGCCAACUCUGUGAAAAGACCUUUAAAACAACCAAUAUCUUGAGAACUCACAUGAAGACUCACAGCGACCAGAAGAACUUCUCAUGUGACCUAUGUGGAACUUCCUUUCGUACGAAAGGCUCCCUGAUUCGUCACAAUCGUCGUCACACUGAUGAGCGUCCGUAUCGUUGUACUCUAUGUGGUCAGUCAUUCAGAGAGUCGGGUGCCCUCACCAGACACCUAAAGGCCCUCACACCCUGCACUGAAAAGAUCCGCUUCGUGCAGUAUAAGGAGAUCUUGGUCAGCAAAGACGGAGUACAAAAAGGAGUCGAAGAUGAUCCCGCUGCAGUGGCUGGCCAGCAGCAGGAGGUGGUGGUUGUGGAGCAACAGCCAGAGGAGCAGGAGCUGGUAGAGGCUCAGACUGCUGUCGUUAGUGUGGUAGACGCUGGUUCCCAAGAGGUCCUCCAUCAGGUCCACUUCACAAUGGAGGUGGACGGAACAACACAGGAGCAACAGGUCGUGGUUGGGCAGUCUCAGGCGGAGGCCCUGGCUGCUGCAGCAGCAGCAGGUGACAACCUCAUCUGUCAGGCCAUCAUCAACUCUGGCAUUGCACUGGAGACAGAGGAGGCCGUGGUUGAAGAGACCACACAGACAAUGGAAGAGAUACAUCAAGUGGAUUCUGACUGCCCUGAUGCUGACGAGGGUAUCACAGAGAUCCAGGUCAAAGAAGAGUUUGUGGAAAUGGAGACAGAGGAAGUAGGUGAUGAUCAGACAUCCUCAAAAUUGCACACAUGUCCACACUGUAAUCGCUCCUUCAAGGGAUUGAAUUACUUUCGCUUUCAUGUCAAAGGCCAUCUGGGUUACAAACCAUUCAAGUGCACACUCUGCCACAAGGAGUUUCUCACUGGUUACCUGCUCAAGAAACACAUGGAGGUCCAUGUCAGUGAGAGGAGGUACAAGUGUGGUGAGUGUGGCAAGCUGUACAAAACCAUUGGGCAUGUACGUGAGCACAUGAGGGCACACUCGGAUGAAAGACCCUACAACUGUACCAGAUGCAGCAAGGGGUACAAGACCAAGAAUGCCUUGCAGGUGCACCAGAGGACCCACGGUGACGAGAAACCUUACGUGUGUCAGUUCUGCUUGAGAGGCUUCAGGGAGAAAGGUUCUCUGGUGCGACAUAUCCGCCAUCACACCGGAGAAAAGCCAUUCAAGUGCCCAAAAUGCAUGCGAGGCUUUGCCGAGCACGGGACUCUCAAUCGGCACAUGCGUGCCAAAGGAGGCUGCCAUAAGGACGAUUUGAGCGAGCAGCAGGGUACGGUAACCGAGGAGCAGGCGGUGGACGACCUCGCUACGGCAGCCAUCAUCUCAGAGGAUCCUCACGCUGUCCUGGUGGAGUUCUCCUCAGUGGUGGCAGACACACAAGAGUACAUCAUCAAGACUCAAACAGAGGAGGACAUGCAGGAAGAAGAGGUUACACUCAUUCAAGACAACCAAAAUCAGAUGGGAAACCACAUCAUGAAAGUGGUGCAGCGAAUCGUCAGUCAGUCACAUGGCGCCGGUGGCACGGGCAGCCACCAGAUCAUCGUGCGCAACAUGGCGGUGGACGAGGAGGGAGCAUCCAUCUCUGACUGCGGCGACACCAUCACCAUCGCUACGCCCGAGAGCCUGACAGAGCAGGUGGCCAUGACGCUGGCCUCUGCCAUCAGUGACGGCACGCUACUGGCCACGGCAGGCACCGUGGAGACGCCGGACGGAACUGUCACUAUGGUUACCACAGAGGAAGCGGUGGAGGAGGGAAUACAGAUGGUGCAGCAGCAAGAGGAAUAUGUCAUCACCUCCCCAGAGGAGGUGGAGAUCCAGACUGUCAUUGUGUGAUGGAAGGAGGAUACUAACUACGGACUGUGAUAGAUUUGGCUCGACUGUGAUAGAGUUUGUCGAGCGUGUGUGAGGUGUGAUUAUAAAACAAAGGCCAAAGUAUUUAUAAGGUUUAUAGUUACAGAAAUGGAACAGCCUACAAAGAAAUGUGUGUGAAACAUAAAAAAAAAUGAGUGUGCAUGAGGACUUGCUCUAUCAUGUGUUUCAUAUUUGUGGAUUGAUUUAUUAAAACAAAGCACUAAUUAGCUAAUUUUUUCAACUUUUAGGCACAUUACAGCUUAAUGGACCAGUGAGUAGGAUUUAGUGGCAUCUAACCCACACACCUAACAUCUCCUUUUCUAGUGUGAAGGAGAAACUACGAUGAAAAAUGCAAUUUAUCUACAGUCAGUGUUUAGUUUCUUCCGUUCUGCCAUAUUCUGUAAAUAGAGCUCCCUAAAUCUUACACACUGGACCUCUUAAAACUAACUUCCAUUAAUUUUGUAAGGUUUGACGGCCUGAACAGAUGCAUAUUUCGUUUUCGGGGGUUCAAACUGAACAUGUGUUUUCCUUUUAUCGGUUGUAGCCUGGUCUCGUCUUCUCUGCAGUCAAAAAGUGAAAUUCCUUCUUUUCUUUUACUACCUGAAAUGGCAUCACUCGAUUGCAGUCUUCACUUCUGCUCUCUGAUGUCAGUCAAAAUCCGCUUCAAAAUGUGAUGCCCUUUAAAGACUGACUUACUCAUGUAUGUAUGUGUGUGUGUGUGCGUGCGCGUGCGUGUGCGUGUGCGUGUGUGUGUGUGUGUGUGUGUGCGUGUGACUGCUUGUUUGUGGCCGUUCAGGGAGACUAAAAUCUCCCAUGGUACAAUGUUGCUCUCCUGGUCAGUCGUAAUGCAUCUUUAAGCAUGACAGAUACACCAGACGUUAAAAACGUUUACUCGAGCAGAGUUUGCAUCAAAUAAAUGCUAUUUUCUUAGACA